UGUUUUGCGGUUUUCUUUUUCUCGAGAGAUUAAACAACAUUCUACAGGUCAAGCAAACAGAACUUAUUGUAUACUUCCAAUCCCCCAAGACAAAAACAAUUUCAAAAACAUCCGUUGUUUUGUACGUCAGAACUGGUCGCAGACUGCCCUUCUUUUUAAUUCCACGCGACACACGAAUGGCAGAUAUAUCAAAGGCAAUUCUUUUUCCCUUUAUUUGAUCUUUAAGUAAAGAUCAAUGAUAAUGCACUUCAUAAACCAGAUAGGUAGGGUAUACAAUUCGGUUUAAGCAGGCCAUUUAACCCAUGUUGUCUGCCGUUUAUUGAAACUAAUGACACGGUUCACAUCGGUAACACGAACGGAGGUGGUCUUUAACAAAAAUGGAUUAAAACGGGGCAUCGGGUUAUUUAUCUACUCCUUGAUACAAAUCUUCACUGCAGAAUUUUCAGAUGAAAAUUAAUUCUUCUUGAUUGAUUUUCAUUUCUUGCUCAUGAAAGCCUGGAAGAGAGCUUUUUUUUUUUUUGAGCAGUAUGAUUCGGUAACACGUGCGUGCACUUUAGACAUCUAUAUCAUUUUACGGGUCAGUGGCUUAUCAGUAUUGAACAUUGUUAUUAUCUUAUUAGGAUUAAAUCUUACAUGCAAUGAUGAUAUUUAUCGCAUUUAUGUCAUGAUUAUGCUAGAAAUGGCCCCUAAAUUGAUAAAAUUGCGAAUCAGCAGAUUUUUUUAUCUUGUUACUUUAAUAUUUUGAUAAUAUAUAGAUUUUGAAUUUGUUGCGAUGAAACAUCAUGAUAAAAAUCAAUAGAUAUUCAAGGAUUAACAUGCGAUUUCUUUUUAAAUCUUAAACAUACAUCUAUAAAUUUGUUUUACUAUAUAUAUUCAGCCAACACAGAAUUUUGUUAAUAAUUUAUCUUUAUUACGUAACUUUCGGAUUGAAUAGCCACUGUACUAAAGAAUUUAGCCAAUAAAUAAAUUUUGAAGCUUGAUCAGGAUUAACGACUGAAUAAUUAAAGUUAACCAAUAUUUGUUACCCUACCUGCGUGGAAGAAAGCUUAUGAAUUUUCUCUAUGCAAUCGAUUUUUCGCAAAGUCUUGUUUAUUAAUUUUAUUGAAUAUGUUUACAAGGCUAAUACAUAAAAUUCUCAUUAAUAUAAACACGAAAAGCUAUUUAGAGCGGUAGGAACCUGGAUAGGGACGUCGUUUUGAUUUCGCUUACUAAGUCUUGAAAAUCCUUGCUUGAAUGGCCGUAGGUAUUUUGCAGACAGAAUGUCGAUGUAUUCAUCAGUAUUUUAAAAAAGAAUGCAUUGUGUUUUUGAUAUCAUUAUGCUUUAAAGUAAAUGCAUGUAAACUGUGUGCACGAUGGUGGUAAAUUGUGGGACAAUCAUAACGAAAAUGGACCUAACAUAUCGUGGUAGAGCCUGUCUGAGGAGUCUUAGCUGGUCAGGUCGUGAGGAUGUCGUCACGAAGGAAGAGUCGUCCUCCUGGCGGGAUCUAAGUAAGGGAGGGACGAUUCCUACUGCUGCAUCUCUUCGAGUUCCCCCCGCCCGCAUUGGAUUGUCUACGAAACAGAAUGUCUUUCAGGGACUGAAUAGCCAGGAAGUGUCCAAAAGAUAUCUGCUAAAGCUGCAGAGGGAACGCGAGCGGACAAACAAAGCUGUGAGCCGAAGCCUGGACAACUUACCGAUAAAAAUCAAGAAAAUGUCCAAAGACCACACAGAUGCGGAUUUGAUUCAGAAUGAAAUCAUGAAUGUCUACAAGGACGGGGUGUACACCUUCAGAAGCCAGAGAUAUCACCUAGGUCUGGGGACGAAAUAUGAUGUGUGUGACACACCCAACCACUUAUUCCAAGCUAUGCCCAUAAACUCGUUGUGUAAACACACCAAGCGGAACUGCACAAAAUGUCAUAAGCAAUUCAGAGGACGACGAACAACGAAGCGCGACGAAAAGGAUUCCAUCGAUUCCAAAACCGUCGCCACGGACACGGAUACCAGAACAUCCGGGUACGAUUCUGACUUUGACAUUCUCCUUAGUCAGCGCGGAGAUCAAAGCAUGCGCAGUGAGGUAUCGUUAUUGAAUGGGUUUCCCGUGCGGGUGCAGCAGACGUCGGAAAGUGAAAUAUCAAAAGAUUUGAAUAAUUUUCAAAAUCGAUAUCAAAAAGUGUUUGAUGCCAACCGAAACGUGCACUAUGUUCACUCGUCGCUGGUGAACAAACGCGUAAAGCGACUGAAGAAUCUGAACUCGCGACCGCGGCUGAAAAGUACGUAUGUGCCGACAGAAGAAUAUUCUUUGGAGAUGAUGAACAUUCGGUCAGUGCAACAUCAGUCACUUCAGAAGUACUCGCGGAACACGCCUUUCUGUCCCAUCGCCCCUCCCCAGAGUCGCAUAUCUGAGACCACAGACUACCAAGCCCCACAUUAUCAUCUCUCAGACUAUUCCUAUUCUGAUGACAAUGAUGACGAAUUUGACGAGGACUCGUAUGUGCCGGUGAACAGCCCCGAGAAUCCAGACAUUCCGCGCCUACAUUUAGAGGACGAUUACAAUGACUCGGGCGAUGAAGACGACGACAAAGAAACAAAUUCCAACUCAUGGUCUAGCAGCACUCAGUUAUAUGGCCAAAAGUUGACGACUGUCUCUGAUGAUUUAAACCAUUCAGAGGAAUCGGAUGAUUUUAUACCUCUAUCUGUUUCUGCUUUAAAAUUACAUAACGCGGGAAAAAACACAACAACGAAGCCAAUGAGUAGAAAUUUUCCUCAAGUAUGCAAUCUUACAGACAUAACCGAGAGAGAGGAGAGCAAUCUAACUCGAUCCACAAAAUCUAAAGUGGUCAGUGAAACUCCAGCGGAUGUGCGCAUGUCAAUACGAAUAGCAUACAAAGGAGGAGGUGAUGACGUCAUAAGAGAACUGAGUAACAUAUCGUCAGAAGAAAUCAUGGUUCCUCGGUGGUCAAGGCAAGAGAUUGACUACGAGGUCAUUGAGGAAAACACUAAUGCCGAGAACAGGGAAUCCGGAUUAAGUAGAAAUUCUUCUGAGACCAGGCAUCGUGUCCUCAAAGGCUUACACACAGGUUACACCAACAUGUACCAGGAAUCAAUGCGGGAUAUCGCCGAGACGAUCGAUGCUGCUCAGCAGGCCAUGGACUUUAUAGAUCAAACUUUGGCCUCCAGCGAUAGCAGGGUUGACAAUGCCCCUGCUGCCUCUCCCGAUAACGGGGAUCUUCCCAGCUCGGGUAAGACAUUAGAAGCAGACAAAGCGAGCAAAGACGACGAUGAUAAAUAUCUGAGAGCAGAUCAGGAGGUGACUGGGAUUGAUAAACAUUUGAAAAGUUUAGAAAUUGAGAGUCCGCAGUUUGCAGCUUUUAAUACUUGCCCUGAUAAAGAUAAAGACAGAUCACACGGCACAAUGCAGUCUACAUUACUCACAGACAAUAGUGCUGAUAAACAACACAGCGGGCAUUUUAUCGACGAAGAGAAACUUUCUGGACGUAGGAUUGCGGAGAAGAACGCAUUUUUUGUGACAGCCAGUAACGAAAACAACUGAGACUGUCAAUAUCUUUGUCAAGAAUGGCGUUAAAAUCUUACCAUUUUGACACAAGUGAAUAUUCUUUGUAAUUUCGUAAUCCACUCCAUGUGCUUGACAAUGCCUCUCUGCUUUACCUGACAAUAAGACAGAAUGAAAUGUGAAUGAGAAGUUCGUGUAAAUACAAUCGGGCUCAAUACAUCGACGUUACCGACUCUCAAGAAGACUUACGUGUGUUUGCCUACUGCUCAAGCGCGCCUUAUGUGUUCAUUUGUGUUGAUAAUGUGCAGAGCUUUUAAAAUAUCUUCUUUAGUUGAUACGUUGAUUUGUCAAGGUGCUAUUUCACUUAACGUAUCAGCUUGGCUGUGAAAUGUUGUUUAUGAACACGAAUAAACCGUGUUUUAUGCCAAAAACUCUUGAACGUCGAAUGUAAGUAAGGUGAUUUAUUUUCUGUUUUUCUGAUUUUUACCUCAAAGUUUUGGUACAAGUACUUUUUAUUUAUCAGACAAGUUUAUCAGUAUGCUGGUAUUGAUUCAAUAAAAUUAUAAUAAUCACUGGUUUUAAGUUGAAAUUGAACGUAGUUUUAAUUGUAAUUUUUAUUUCAUACCAUAUUUUUUCACUAUAUCAUAUUUUUGUUUAUCAGACUUUUUUUUUUUUUUUUUUUUUUUUUUACAAUUGCAUUUAUCUGAAAUGCUAAAUUGUAUAGUUUUAAAAUGAUAUGACAAGGAAGUACAAAGGCCUUUUCAAUUGUAUGCAUUGAUGGUGCUUCCGAAAUCGUAGGUAAUGUUGAUGUGCUUAAUUAAUUUGGAAAGACAGUUUAAUUAGAUUAUCAACAGGAAGUCUAUUUACUAGACAGAAAUAAGAAACCAACGGGAUCUAAAAUCAUAUGGCAGGCUGCUUUCGACUUCCGAAGGUGAUGAGUCCAUUUCAAAAUAACGCUUAAUUAUUUCAAAACUAGUUCAGUUCAGAAUCUUGACACCAGGAAAACGAUUUUCAUUAAUCUCAAUUGGGGCUGCAAAUAUGUAUUUAUAAUGUUUGAUAAUAAAUUAUAUUGAUGUAUGUCUUGAAUUCUAGAAA